AUGGCUUAUACAACCGUGCAGGUACCUGAGGAUUGGAGUAAAGAAGUAAACCCAAUUCUGCAGUCAUACCGCACAGUUUUCACAGAGUCAGAUGCAAACCUUCCGACCAUGCGAGUCCCCCCAGCAGAGAUUUUGACGGAGGGUGCAAAACCAAUAGCACAGAAAGUGCGCCCAGUUCCUCUAGCAGUCCGUACAGAGUUACAGGACAAGUUGCGAAGCAUGGAGAGCGCGGGGAUUACUGAGAAAUCUAAGAGUCCAUGGGCAUCACCUCUGGUGUUGGUAAGGAAGAAGGUUGAAUGCUCACCUCAAAGCAGAUGUCAUGAAGGCUAG